UCGGGGCGGCAGAUUCGGCACGGCCGGGGAAAUCGGGGGAGAAUCGGGGAAAGUCUGGGAACAGGGAGAGGGGGAAGAGGGAAAAGGGAAAGGGGAGGGGAAGGAAGCGGGGGGAGAGCGGUGAGGGGGCUCCGGGGACAGCGGGGUCGUGGAGAUCGUGAGGGUGCGGGUGGCGAAUCGGCGGAGCGGCGGCCAGAGCCGGGCCGGGAGCGGCGCGGGGACGGGACCGGGAUUGGACCGGGACGGGAUCGGGACCGAGACCGGGAUUGGACCGGGACGGGAUCGGGACCGAGACCGGGAUUGGAAUCAGGAUCCGGACCGGGAACCGCAUUGGGACAGAGAAAUCCACUCGGGACUGGGACCAGGAACCCCACACGGGACCGGGAAUCCCACACGGAUACGAGAUCGGGACCGGGAUUGGGACAGAGAAACUCGCUCGGCAUUGGGAUCGGGACCGGCACCAGGACAGAGAAACCCAUACGGGACCGGGAUUGGGACAGAGAAACCCAUACGGGAUCGGGAAUCCCACACGGCCGCUCCAUGACCGAUCCCAUCCCGGUUCCCGUGGGGAUCCUGCGCCUCCCGCGGGGCCCCGACAGCUCCGGCAGCCGCGGCUUCUCCGACCAUUCCCGGGAUCCGCAGAAUUCCCGGGAUCCGCAGAAUUCCCGGGACUCCGGGGCGCUGCAGAGCGCCCGCGCCGCGCUGCGGGAGCGGUUCCUGCGUUUGCUGAGCUCGGCCCGGGGCCGCCCGGCGCGGUUCUCGCUCUGGAACGGGAUCCUGCUGCACGCCGACUUCGGGGCUGCCGAUGUGCAAACCGGGGCUUUCCAGGUGGAUUCUCUGCAAACCCCACUGGGGAUCCAGGGCUCAGCUCUCCUUCGUUCUGGGGACGUCCUGGAAUUUUCCUUCCCUCUGGAAUGAACUCCUGGAAUUUUCCUUCCCUCUGGAAUUCUGCAAUGAGCCCUGAGGGAAUAAAUCGACUUUUCCUGCUUUUUUCA